CAAUCAGCGCCGAGCACCAGGUGCGCAGGAUAGACCAAUGGAAUGAGCGCCGACGCACUCCCAAUGAGAAAACGCUGUAGCAGCCACCAAUGGAUGAGCUUGUUGCAGGAGACCAAUGGGAUGUGGGCUUUCGGCUGCCCAACUAGGGAAGCCCUGUCAGAGGGUCCAGUGGCGGCUGCGGUGGCGUAGGUGGCGGAGGCGGAGGCGGAGGAGGACAGCACUGGGGUCCGGGCUGGGGCUGAGCUGAGCUGAGCUGAGCUGGACGCUGACAGGUGAUCCCGGACUCAGGCUCGAGACCGGGAGCAGCGGGGCCCUGGAGGGCGGUCUGGGAGUCCGGACAACCUGGGUGGAGAGAACUUUGGAGUGUGGGGCCUAAAGCGCCCCUUCAGUUGGCAGAAGAUCAAGAUGCCACUAUGUCACUGUGCUGCAAGACACAGUGAUUCCGAUGGGGACUGGGGCUACCCUAGCAGCAGUGGGAUCAAGGUUUUCCUCCACUGGAGCAAUGGGGGUGACCAGUAUGUGACCUACAACCAGGGCACCAUGACUGCAGAGGAAGUCUGCAUUCAUAUUGCACAGAAAGUGGGGAUCACCCCACUCUGCUACAACCUUUUCGCAUUAUAUGAUGCCCAGGCCCAAAUCUGGCUCCCUCCUAACCACCCCUUUGAGAUCACCAAGGACACCAACCAGACCCUACAAUUUCGAAUGAGGUAUUACUUCCGAAACUGGCAUGGUCUGAACAGCCAGGAACCAGCCGUGUACCGAAGCAUGCCUCAGGGUGUUGAGGUCUCUGAAGAGAAGACCUCGACGGAGCAAGGGUGUGCUUUGCUGGACAAAGCCUCCUUCGAGUACCUCUACGAACAGGGGAAGUUUGAGUUUGUCAAUGACGUUGCAUCACUUUCGGACCUACAUAGUGAAGCUGAGAUACAUUACUUCAAGAAUGAGAGUCUAGGCAUGGCCGUGCUGCACCUGUCCCAUCUUGCCCUGCAGCGUGGUGUCCCCCUGGAAGAGGUGGUGAGGAAGACCAGCUUCAAAGACUGCAUCCCUCGCUCCUUCAGCCGACAGAUCCAGCAGAACAAUUCCCUGACUAAAUUCCGCCUGAGGAACGUCUUCCAGAAGUUUAUGCGACGUUUCCAUCUGCAGACAGUGGGUCCGGGGCGGCUUAGUGAACGGGACAUCAUGUUCAAAUACUUGGCUACGCUGGAACAGCUGGCCCCACGCUUUGGCACUGAGCACUUUCUUGCUCUGACCUUGGCACUGGCCACAGAGGCUGAAAGGGAUCUGUGCUAUGUCAAUAGCAGUGAGCAAGGGCCUACUGUUCCGCCAGGAGCCACUCUCUCCCUCGCUGACCGGGCUCCUAGCCAUGAGGUUCGAGUGACGGGUACAAGUGGUAUCCAUUGGCGGCUUCUUCAGGUGGAGGACCCUGACCUGGAUGUCAACCAUCCUCGAGGCUCCUUUCGUAAGAAGUCCAAGGCCCGGGAGGCAGAGAGCCGGAAGCCAAGCCAGCUGCCCACUGAGAGGAAAGAGAGCCCCUGGAUGUAUUUUUGUGACUUCCAAGAUAUCACUCAUGUUGUGGUCAAGGAGAAUAACGUCAGCAUCCACCGUCAGGACAACAAGUGCCUGGAACUGACUCUCCUGUCACCUAUGGUGGCACUCUCCUUGGUAUCCCUGGUGGAUGGCUACUUCAGGCUGACAGCAGACUCCAGCCACUACCUGUGCCGUGAGGUGGCCCCCCCGAGGCUGGUGAUGAGCGUUCAAAAUGGCAUCCAUGGGCCCCUGCAGGAGCCUUAUGUACUAUCCAAACUGAAGCGAGAGGAGGUAGAAGACGGUCUCUACCUUAUCCGUUGGAGUUCCUUUGACUUCCACCGCCUCAUCCUGACUGUGGCUCGGAAGGACCAGACAUCUGGAGCACAAGGUCUCCGUUACAAGCAGUUCCGCAUUGAAGAGCGGGGCCUGACCUUCCAGCUGGAAGGCUGGGAUCAAGCCUUUUCCAGUGUGCGUGAGCUCACUGCGGCCCUGCAAGGCUGCACGCUGCGAUCCAGCUCUGGCUCUGGUCCUGGUUCCAGCCUAGAGAGCUUCACACUCAGCAAAUGCUGCCUGCCUCGAGCAGGAGAAAUUUCCAACCUGAUCAUCACCCGACAGCGUCCUAAGGAGGGCCCUAAACCACUCAACUUGUCCCAGCUUAGCUUCCACCAGAUCCGUAAGGAAGAGAUCACCCAGCUGGCUCACCUGGGCCAGGGCACCCGGACCAACAUUUAUGAGGGACUCCUGCGUGUGGGGGGUGGAAUGGGAGCUGAGGAUGAGGAAGAAGAGAACAUCCCCUCAGAACCCAACAACAACCAUCGGGAGCUUCGAGUAGUGCUGAAGGUGCUGGACCCGAGUCAUCGUGACAUUGCUCUGGCAUUUUUCGAGACAGCCAGCCUAAUGAGCCAGGUCUCCCACAUUCACUUGGCCUUCGUCCAUGGUGUUUGUGUCCGGGGCUCUGAGAACAUCAUGGUGGCAGAACACGUAGAACAUGGGCCACUGGAUGUAUGUCUACGCCGGGAGAAGGGCCAUGUGCCUGUGGCCUGGAAGAUUACUGUGGCCCAGCAGCUUGCCAGCGCUCUCAGCUACCUAGAGGAUAAGAACCUGGUUCAUGGUAAUGUCUGUGGCAAGAACAUCCUGCUGGCAAGGCGUGGCCUUGGAGAUGGCACUCAGCCCUUCAUCAAGCUCAGUGAUCCUGGCGUCAGUGUCACUGCCCUCUCCAGGGAGGAGAGGGCAGAGCGCAUUCCCUGGAUUGCCCCCGAGUGUGUACCCAGUGGGACUGGCCUCAGCACAGCUGCCGACAAGUGGAGCUUUGGAACAACACUAUUAGAAAUCUGCUUUGAUGGGGAAGCACCUCUACAGGGUCGUACCCCUUCUGAGAAGGAGCGCUUUUAUGAGAAGAAACACCGGCUUCCUGAGCCCUCAUGUAAGGAGCUGGCCACCCUCAUUAGUCAGUGCCUCACCCAUGAGGCCAACCAGCGACCCUCCUUUCGAACAAUCCUCCGUGAUCUCACCCAGUUGCAGCCCCAGAAUCUCGCUGACAUUACCACCGUAAGCCCAGAGUUCCCAGCCUCAGACCCUACUGUGUUUCAGAAACGCUACCUAAAGAAGAUCCGAGACCUGGGAGAGGGCCACUUUGGCAAGGUGAGCCUCUACUGCUAUGACCCAACUAAUGAUGGGACAGGUGAGAUGGUGGCUGUGAAAUCUCUCAAGGCUGGCUGCAGCUCCCAACUCCUGAGCAGCUGGCAACGGGAAAUUGAGAUCCUUCGGACACUUUACCAUGAGCACAUCGUCAAGUAUAAGGGCUGCUGCAGUGACCAAGGGGAGAAGAUGGUCCAGCUGAUCAUGGAGUAUGUGCCACUAGGCAGCUUGCGGGACUACCUCCCCAAACACAGCUUGGGGCUGGCCCAGAUUCUGCUAUUUGCUCAGCAGAUCUGUGAGGGCAUGGCCUACCUCCAUUCCCAACACUACAUCCACCGAGACCUGGCAGCCCGGAAUGUCCUUUUGGAGAAUGACAACACUGUCAAGAUUGGAGACUUUGGCCUGGCCAAGGCUGUGCCAGAGGGCCAUGAUUACUACUGUGUCCAGGAGGAUGGAGACAGCCCUGUCUUCUGGUAUGCCAUGGAAUGUCUCAAGGAAUGUAAGUUCUACUAUGCCUCAGAUGUCUGGUCCUUUGGGGUCACCCUCUAUGAGCUACUGACCCGCUGUGACUGCAAUCAAACCCCCCCCUUGAAAUUCAUCGAAAUGAUUGGGGUUACCCAGGGCCAGAUGACGGUGCUGAGGCUCAUUGACCUGCUAGAGAGAGGGCAGAGACUGCCUUGUCCCAAGGAUUGUCCCAGUGAGAUCUAUCUUCUCAUGAAGAAUUGCUGGGAAUAUGAAGCCUCCUUUCGCCCAACCUUCCAGAACCUUGUUCCCCUCCUCAGGACAUUCCAUGAGAAGUACAGAAAUCAAGCACCGUCUGUGUUUAGUGUAUGCUGAAGGAGAGAGGCCUGGAGCAACUGUGGCCAGCCUGGGCUCAUCUGUUGCACUAUGGGAGUGGGAAAUCUAAUUGGGGCCUUAUUGUUAGGCCCCCUCAGUGAUUGGGGACUGUUUCCCACUCUCUACAUCAUCCUCAGUCCUGGAGGGAGGAGUGAGGCCAUAUUUAACCCCUUGGGACCCACGGGGAAGGGUCCAUGGUGCCAUCUUCAACUUCUUUUUUCCCUGAUGCCAGGUGGUACCCAGGGGUUGUAUGGCUGGGGCUGCCUAGUUACUCCUCUAUCGCAUACAAGUUUGAAACUCUGAAAAUGAGAGACACUUCAGCUAAUGGGGGGACCUAACACUGUGACCUCUGCCAGCCCCCUCCCUCAGAGCUGGGAAUAAGGGGUCAGCCAGCUGUGCUCUCUCCAGAAGCCACUUUCCUUGUGCCUUGCCCCAGUCUCCCCUUCUCCCACAAACACACCUCUGGCCCCCCCCCAUCGCCUCAGGACCAAUGAGGAGAAAACUUGAUAUUUUUGCCUUCUCUCCAAGAGGCCUUAAUCCUCUUCCUCUGCCUUUAUCCUAUCCCCUCUGUCCCUCCCCCUUCUUUCCCAGGUUCCAUUUUAGAUAGGGAAGGACUGAGAGGAAGCUGAGUGUAAUGGAGAAUCUUUAGGGUGGAGCUCUUCUAAGUCCUCUGUCAUCUCCAUUGUGCCUUCAACCCCAGUCCAGGUGCCCUUUCCCCAACUGUGUGCUCUCAGUGCCCUGCUCUACCCACAAGUGAGCCCAUGUUCCUUCUGCCAACAGGAGCUUCAUCUCUGUAGGUAGAAGUGUUAGGGGUCCCUUUUGAGCUAGGCUGACUUGACCUAGGAAAAAGGCUAAGGACCCUGGUCUUAAGAACCAUCUGUAGGAAGCUACAGGUAAAUGUCCUUGUUUUCAAAAAUUAAAAACCGGGCCUACCCCUCCCUGGGGUCGGUCACUCAGGCCAGAUGAGGCAGAAUGGGCUUAAGCCUUGAGCUCCAUCUUCCCUUUUACUUUAGCCACGCUUGUUUUUUUUCUCUGUCUCUGUCUUUCUCUUUCUCUCUUUCCUCUCCCUCCCCCCUGCCCUUCUCCAAUCCUCUUUCCUCACACUAGGUCCUCUGGGCUCUAAAGUGAAUCUAGGCUGGGUGUGGAUGAGGGUGUAGUUAGUCAUCAUGGUAUCACUUCCUUUCUCCCAGAAAUACUGCCAUGUCUUCAUUUCCCACUCAAGUCCAGCAGGCUUUAUUUCUGUAAAUCAGCUUCUCCCAGAGUCUCUGACACCAACCUCUGGCCAGGUUUGGAUUUUGGGCCCCAGCAACUCACAGCUCACUCAAAAAAGAAUGAUUGUGUUAUGUGUCUGUGUGUGAAAGGAAAGGAGAUUGGGAGAGAUUUCCCUAGCCAUUGUGUAAACCUUGAAGGCAGAGACUUUCUCUUGUCUUGCCCGCAGCACAGUGCUAACUAGGCCUUCACAACAAAGAAACAGUCUGGGAGUGUUUGUGGUGGAGGAAGAGGAAGAGCAGGUAGGUCCCCAGCAACAGGAUCCUCUAAGGAUGAUGAUUGGUCUGCAGAUGUUAUGUAAGUUGCCUCGUGACAUAAUGCAUGAGUGUUGAAGACAGAAUUACAGCCAAGGCAAAGAUUUAAUUAACAAAAAGGAAGAAGCUUCUGGGCACCAUCCAGGUGGAUGGGACUGAGGAGGCAGCUGCCUCUGGUUACAAUUAGAUAUCCACCCUGGCCCAAGUUUAGUGCCUUGUUUAGCUUUUGAUGAUCCCUGCCUCCAGUACUUGUACAGAGAUACAGACAUGCAUGUAUAUUGGUAGGCACAGAUUUUCCCCAGAAGCCUAUCAAUCCUUCCCACAGUAACUGGGGGAGGGGGAUACAACUGGGACAGUAACUGCCACCAGGGAAAGGAGGGAACGCUGUAGCUGGAAUGUUUCUGGCUGGACAGUGAGUGUGGCUCAAUGGAACAUCUUCAAUGAAGCCUGAGCAUCAUUGAAGGAGGGCUUAUGGAUGCACUGGGUCAUACAGACUUUAAGUUCAUACUCUGUCCACCAUCCUCGAGUCAUCUAGUCCUUCCCUAAGCCCAGAAGUUUCAGUCUCAGUCAGUGCAGUGGAAAGUUGGAUAUGGAGUCUAGGAACUGGAUUAAAAUUCCCAGCUCUCCUGCCUCCCGUGUGUGUUACUCUGGGCAAAGCCCCAAGGUAAGCCCCUUUGAACCUCAGAUUUCUCAUCUAUAAAUCGAUUGGCUCCAAUGAGCUUGAAGGUCACUUGCAGUUCUGAAUUUGAUCCUGUUGUAAGGAGUCUACCACAUUGGACUUCAGCAAAGCUGACUGUUGCAAGAGGGGAAAGACAAAGACAUUCAAAUAUAAAGCACUCUACAGCUUAGAGCCCGAGAUUUGCAUAAAUACAGACUACCCCAUGCCUUUGUCCCCAGCCACUGAGCUACAUAAGGCCCCAUCAGGGAUCUGGGAAGUGAACUGGUUGACCAUAAUAAGUUAGGGUGAGGUUCCUCACUGAAAGAAUCUGGAUUUGAGCCAGGAUUUGAAUCAGAACAUCAUUUUGACCUGUCUGGCAGAGAUGUUACUUCCUGUGAAGAACACAGCAACCAAACAGUCUGCUUAGACCAGACUGGUAACAGCUGCCCAGUGGCCAAGAGACUUAAGCAGGUUGGUCAGUCCAUAAGCCCAGUGAGGGGCUGGUUCGACGGCAGAACAAACCACUUAAUAAACUCAGCAGCAAAUUGCGCUAUCCACCCAAGACAUCUUACCCCAGGAGAGGUAAGCAUAGCUUAACCAGCCCAUCCAGUGAAGAUGCUGUGCCCUAAAAGGAAUCAGCCUAGCAGGAGAGUGACUCGUUCAUCACUGUUACCAAUGCUGCCCUUCAGUGAACUUCCUGAGGACUCUGGGAAAAAGGAAGGACAUGAAAUGCCUGGUAUUCCAGAAUUGUGAAUCACCUUGGCUACAUGUGCUCCCUACACGUGUGCCUCACAACACUGUACUUUAAGUUCAUGUCUGCUUGUCCCUAACAGAGUCCAUGUGUGUAUGUGGGAGAGUGCAUCCCAGAUUUUUUCGGGAAAUGCUUUGUAACUACUGUUCUUGCUAUGCCAUUUGAGUAAAUGCCUUGUCUAAAAGCUAA